AUGUUCCCUGGAGAACUCUACUUUUGCAAGACUGGUAGUGCCUUGGUGUGUGUGUGUAAACUAAGUUUCAGCAGCAGGGAAAUUGUCGGAGAACUUAGCACUUAGCAGGGCAUUGUCUAAAACAUUCAAGAAAUAGGAAUGGGCGGACCAAUGGGGGACAAAUUAACUAAGAAACUUCAGAAGCAAAGCGGGGAGCUACAGAGAACAUCAAGGUUAGAAUCCAAAUUGUUCUAAGACAGGCCAAUUUCAAGUCAGUGGCUCCACGCCAGCCCCUGACUUCUGGUUGGUAGACACUGAGCUGCAUCCUUUCUCUGAACAGAUGGCACAUGAAGACAAUUCAGUGGAGCCCCAAUCCCGGUCCUCUUACAGGGACUUACCCCAGCAGAUGGCGGCAGAACAACCCCGUGCCUGGUCUCUGGACUUGUUGUUACGCAGGUUGAGGUCCAUAGACAGCAACCAGGGUGACAGGUUUGCCAGUAUCAUGGAAGCGAUGGGGAAGUUUGGCCCCUUCCAGCGAAGGCUGGUGGCCCUGGCCUUCAUCCCCAACCUCCUGGCGGUCGUGUUCAUGUACGCUGACCUCCUCGUGGCCGCAGAGCAGAAGGCCUAUUGCAACACCAGCUGGAUUCUGGCCGUGGGCCCUAACCUGUCAGAGGCCGAGCAGCUGAAUCUGACCCUGCCCCGGGACAGAAAUGGCAGCUUCCUGACCUGCCGCAUGUUCCUGCCUGUGAGCUGGGAUCUGGAUUCCAUCAUCAAGUAUGGCCUCAACUACACACAGUCGUGCAGCCAGGGGUGGGUCUAUCCUGAGAGCACGACGCGAUCAGUGAUCAAUGAGUUUGAUCUGGUGUGUGGUGAGGAAUUUUCCCCGGAAGCCGUGCAGUCCAUGUUCCUGACAGGCCUCCUGACAGGGGCGCUCAUCUUCGGGUUCAUAAGUGACAAGCUUGGCCGCUACCCCUCCAUCCUGCUGUCGAACGUGGGGAUCAUCAUCUUUGGCUUUGGGACAGCCUUCGUCAACAGCUUUCACCAGUACCUGUUCUUCCGCUUCGGGGUGUCCCAGGCCCUGGUGGGCCACAGCAUCAGCAGCAUGGCUUUAACUGUCGAGUGGCUGGUGGGCGAGCACCGGGCCCACGCCAUCAUCCUGAGCCAGUGCUUCUAUUCUCUGGGGCUCAUUUUCCUGAGCGCGUUUGCCUACAGCUUUCCCAACUGGCGGCUGCUGUUUCUGUUGGGCACGGCCCCCGUGUUAUUCCUCGUCUCCUUUAUCUGGAUUCUCCCAGAGUCCCCUCGGUGGCUGUUGGUGAAGGGGAAGGUGGAGGAGGCCAAGCACGUACUGCGCUAUGCAGCUGACAUGAACAAGAGGACCAUUCCUUUAAGUCUGUUGGACAAGCUACAGAUGCCUGGAAAGAAGGUGACCAAUGCCUCCAUCCUGGACUUCUAUAACAAUAGUCAACUGCGCAAGGUGACCUUGGUGAUGGGCUGUGUGUGGUUCAGUGUUGGUCACAGCUAUUCUACACUGACCUUGAAGAUGAGGGAUUUUGGUGUGAAGUACCAGAUGAGCGAGAUCAUUCCUGGCAUGAUGGGGAUGCCUGCCCGGCUGUGCAGCAUCUUUCUUUUUGAGCAUUUUGGGAGGAAGUGGACUAUGGCUGGGUCUCUCUUCCAAGGCAGCUUCCUGAACUUGCUUAUUCUUUUCAUCCCCUCAGAGUUGAAAACCACGCUGAUGUUGUUGAUCCUGGUGGGACAAAUCAGCCUGAGCGCCUUGAUCACCAUGUUCUUCGCCUACGGUGCCGAGCUCCUGCCUACCAUCCUCAGGACGACGGGUCUGGGGCUGGUGACUCUGGCCUGGGCAUCUGGAUCCUUUGUGUCCCUGGCCUUCAUCACCUGGAGUCCCCCCAGCAUCACCAAUUAUAUUGGCUGCAUCUCGGCCAUUCUGUCCUUGUCCCUCUUCUAUAUGCUUCCAGAGACGCAGAAUCUGCCCCAUUCCGACACUCUGGACCACUUUCCCUUGCACAGAAGAAGGGGCUUGAGCAGAAAUUUGAGCAAAGAUGACUUGUUGGCUGAGGCUAAAUUACAUGGUGGAGUGAGUGAGGAAGUGGCAAAGAACACCCUUUUCAAUGCCAUGAUGGAACCGGACCCAGCCUUGUUCAGCACACCUGUGAAAAGCAGAGAAGCGCGCACAAGCAGACAGGAUGCCUGAGGGCCAGGCCCUCGGACGAUCUCGAUCUCGGAUGGAGUUGAGUGGCUGAGUGUGGGGCCGUGAAUUUCAGGCCACAAAUUCUGGGCCAAGUUCAGCUCGGGGACAGGGUCAGCCCUGCUCCGAGGUUAGCCCUUGAGAUCCAAAAACAGCUCCUCUGGGGGGAGCU